GAAGUGACGUAUCUCCGCCGAAGUAGUCGUGCGUGGUUCACGCGGGUGACUUCGGCUGGGCCUAGCAAGUUCGGAACUCGUUCAUCCAAAGUCUAAGUCAGGACUGUCCUGGUUACGUCGGCAAGAUGGUGAAGCCCAAGUACAAAGGACGGAGCACCAUAAACCCUUCCAAGGCCAGCACAAACCCGGAUCGAGUACAGGGAGCAGGAGGCCAAAACAUGAGAGACCGGGCCACAAUCCGGCGCCUGAACAUGUACAGGCAAAAGGAGCGCAGGAAUGGAAACACACGUGUGAUUAAGCAGUCAUCAUUACAAAAGUUUCAAGAGGAAAUGGAUAAAGUUAUGAAGGAUCCAUAUAAAGUUGUCAUGAAGCAAAGCAAGUUACCAAUGUCUCUUCUCCAUGAUCGGAUCCAGCCUCAUAACUCAAAGGUGCACAUUCUUGAUACUGAAAGUUUUGAAACUACAUUUGGACCCAAGUCACAGAGAAAGCGGCCAAAUUUAUUUGCAAGUGAUAUGCAGUCUCUUAUAGAAAACGCUGAAAUGUCCACAGAGAGCUAUGACCAGGGCAAAGAUCGCGAUUUGGUAACUGAGGACACUGGUGUGAGAAAUGAAGCCCAAGAAGAGAUAUAUAAAAAGGGACAGUCCAGAAGAAUAUGGGGUGAGCUCUACAAGGUAAUAGACUCUUCAGAUGUUGUAGUCCAAGUUCUUGAUGCUAGAGAUCCAAUGGGUACCCGUUCCCCUCACAUUGAAGCUUACUUGAAAAAGGAAAAACCCUGGAAACACCUCAUUUUUGUGCUUAACAAAUGUGACCUUGUUCCAACCUGGGCAACAAAACGAUGGGUUGCUGUUCUCUCCCAAGAAUACCCAACACUUGCUUUCCAUGCAAGUCUUACUAAUCCCUUUGGCAAAGGAGCAUUCAUUCAGCUUCUACGGCAGUUUGGGAAGUUGCACACGGACAAGAAACAGAUCAGUGUGGGGUUCAUUGGCUAUCCAAAUGUAGGCAAGAGCUCUGUGAUAAAUACAUUGCGCUCCAAGAAAGUCUGCAGUGUGGCUCCCAUUGCAGGUGAAACAAAGGUUUGGCAAUAUAUUACCUUGAUGCGUCGGAUAUUCCUGAUCGAUUGUCCAGGUGUGGUUUACCCCUCUGAGGACUCAGAGACAGACAUCGUCCUGAAAGGAGUUGUUCAAGUUGAGAAAAUUAAGACUCCUGAAGAUCACAUUGGUGCUGUUCUUGAACGAGCAAAGCCAGAAUAUAUUAGCAAGACAUACAAGAUUGAUUCUUGGGAGAAUGCUGAAGAUUUUCUUGAGAAGCUAGCUUUCCGCACUGGGAAAUUAUUAAAGGGUGGAGAGCCUGACUUGCAGACUGUGGGUAAGAUGGUUCUCAAUGACUGGCAGAGGGGCCGGAUACCUUUCUUUGUCAAGCCUCCCAGUGCAGAGCCACCCACUUCCCUUCAGCCUCCACCCUCCUCAUCCUUGGAAGUUGUCACAGAUGCUUCCCAGAACAUUCCAGAAGAGGAACCUGCAGAAAGCAAAGAGCCUGUCAUUGAGAGAGAAAAAGAAGAAGACAGUCCUUGUGAUGCCAACUCAGAGAUGCAGCAGAUUUUGGCCCGGGUUCGCCAGAACUUUGGCAAAAUCAACGUCGUGCCACAGUUUUCUGGGGAUGACCUGGCUCCUGUGGAGAUAUCAGACAUAGAAGAAGAGCUGGAGAGCUUUUCUUCUGAUGAGGAGGAGCAGGAGCCAGCAAUAGACGAAGAGGAGGAGGUGGAGGAAGGAGCUCUCCAGGAGUCCCCAGCAGAGCCAGUGGGAAAUGACACCAAAGCAGUGAUUAGAGCGCUGGACGAAAAGAUUGCUAAAUACCAGAAGUUUUUAAAUAAAGCCAAAGCUAAAAAGUUUUCAGCAGUCAGAAUUCCCAAAGGGUUAAGUGAAAAGAUUUUUGCAAAAUAUGAAGAACAAAAGAAAACACCUGAACAACAAAGAACAUUUGAAGAAGAUGUGGAUGAUACAGCACCUACCAAAAAGGGAAGAAAGCGGAAGGCACAGAGGGAAGAUGAACCUUCAAAUAAAACUCAGAGGACAGUGACAUCAAAGGAACGGAGGAGAGCAGAACGACAGCAACGAUCCAAAAGAGUUGGUGUACGCUACUAUGAAACACACAACGUGAAAAAUAGAAAUAGGAACAAGAAGAAGAGCAAUGACUCAGAGGGACAAAAGAACAAACACAAAAAAUUCAGACAUAAGCAGUAACGUCUAAAAAGUUCUUUAUUAACUUAUACAAAAAUAGUCAAUUAAAGAUUGUAUUCAUUUUCUUCA